GCCUCAGCCAGCGAACAAGAAGAAGAUGAAGGUGGUUAUCGCCAGCUGCAGUAGAUCAGGUACCUUGGGCCUCCUCGCCGCGAUGAGGAUAUUAGGAUUCAGUCCGUACCACAUGGUUGAGGCUUGUUUCAAUGGCCCAGUGCACAUGAUGAUUCUAGAGGAAGCAGUCAUUGCACAGCAUAAUCGUUUCUCUGGUAUCAAGCGAUACGAAAGGGCUGAGUUUGACAAGUGGUUGAGCGAAUAUGACUGCUUCAUUGAGCUUCCCAGCUAUUUAGGCACCCAAGCCCUCGAAGUUUAUGCAGAGGACCCAGACGUUAAGUUCAUCCUAACAUAUCGAGACCCGGACAAGUGGGUGACGUCAAUGAACAACACUGUCGCCAAUGUAGUGAGAAUGGCAACCACAUUUCCCAUGAAUAUCUUGAAACACUUCGAUAUCAUCCUCAAACGCUUUCUCCGCCUGAAUCAAAUCAUGUGGUGGGCUAUAUCUGACGGGACAAACCCCGGGGACCGGGACAAUGAGGCCAGGCUUCGUAGGAAUUAUGUGGAAUAGUAAGUAGCAUGACCGCCCUCCUCUUCUCUUCAUCAUCAUGUGAAAAGCAAGCUGUG